AUGGUCGUAGUUGACGUCCGCAAUGUUGCUUGCGCACAUCUCAAAGCUCUGGAUGCCAAAGCUGGGCCCACUAGCGAAGUCGAGAAGUUUAUCCUAGUGGUAGCCCGGAAGACUGGUGGACAUGGGGUAGUGUUGCGAACUUUGCUAGGCAAAAUUAUUCAGCUCUUGGUAUUAAGUCGGAAAGGCCGUUCGACCAGCAUCCCAAGAUGCACACGCAGAGAGCGAAACGGCGUAUCUGUAGCCGACUACUGGAAAGAAGAAGACAACAAUGUUUUGUUUGGCGUGGCGAUGCCUAAGUUUCCGAAUCUCCUGGGUCGCCUCAGGCGAGGAAGUGGUUCCUCAUACAACUUCAUAUCCAUGCUUGAGGUCGAUGCGAAAUUGAUUGCGUACGUUAUCAAGAAAGCCUAUGAGCAAGCAGAACCAGGACAAAAGGUGGUUGUCGAGGCUUCAGAAGAGGGAGCAGAAGAAUGGAGCAAUGAGGUCGCGAAGAGAGCAGCAUUUUUUGGUGCGCUACUGCAGUGCACGCCGGGUUGGUACACUCUCGAGGGCGCUGCUUUACAGACGGAACCGAUGGAUGACAAGACUUUUGUCGCGAAGAACGCACCAUGGGGCUCUAGACCUGUGGACUUCCAAGAGAGGGUAGAAGCUUAUGUAGCAGCUGGAAGCCUUAGAGGUUUUACCGUUAAGGUAGUAGGAUAA